CUGAAACCUUUGUGCGUGUCAAGCGAAGCAUAGCUCGGAAGUGCGCUAUUGCAAAGGCUAUAUUUAUUCGCAGGCUGUGACCACUCUGUCACGUUGUUUAGGUCAAGUUAUUAGGACUAUUUAGUGAGAGUUUGUAGCUUCGGUAUGGACAAAAAGGAUAAGAACUCUUCCAGUUCCUCCGUUGAGUUUGACGAUGUCUUUCAGCUGGUCAACUCGUUUGGUAGAUACCAAAAAGCCAUUUAUUUUGGCUCUUGCAUUCUGGUUUUAUUGAUGGCAUUUCCGUUUGGUAUGCUAGUCUUUGGGUUUGCUGCCCCAUCCUUCCAAUGCAACACAUCAAACAUAACAUGUCCCCAGAGUACGUGCUGUGACAACUGUACGUCAUACAGCUUCGAUAAGGCCUUCACCAGCACGGUUACUGAGUGGAAUCUUAUCUGUGAUGAUGCAAGUCUCAAUGCAGCAAUCCAAACCUGUAUGUUUGUUGGCAUGCUCAUUGGCGCUAUCUUAUCUGGCAUGGUUUCCGAUGCUUUUGGAAGAAAAAAAUGCAUCUUCAUAUUCAAUGGUAUCAUGGUCUUCGGUGGAUUUUCAUCCUCGUUCUCCAACAGUGUUCCCCUCAUGGCUGUCCUGUGGUUUGUCGUGGGCUUUGGUCUCAUAGGACUCAUUUUAUCCCUAUAUAUCUACGUCAUGGAAAUAGUCGGUCCAAAGGCUCGUACGAUGGCUGGGAAUGUCAUCUGGCUGUAUUGGUCUGCUGGAUAUUUCAUUUUUGUACUGUUAGCUUACUUCAUAAGAGACUGGAGAAUUCUGUGUAUGAUAACCACCGCACCUGGUAUUCUACUCUAUUUGUUCUGGAGGAUUUUCCCAGAAUCUCCUCGCUGGCUUGUUGCACAUAAUCACCUAGAAGAGGCACAUUUCAUUUUGCUGAAGUAUGCAGGCAGAAAAAACGAAGACAUAGAUGAGGAGCGCUUAAAGAAUCUCAUUUCACGAGUGAGACAAACACAAAUAGAAAAACAAAAAGAAACUAAAGGAUCUGAUCCGCGAAUGCUUUUUCGAACACCAAAGCUUCGCAAAUGGAGUGCUGCAUUAGGAUUUAACUGGUUUGCCAUAUCGUUCCUAAGCAACGCCUUAUUCCUUUACAUCACCAAUCUGUCAGGAAAUAUCUACCUGAACUUCACUAUCAUGCAAGUUAUCGCUACACUGCAACAGCCAAUACUCUGGAUCGUCCUGAAAAUGUUUGGUCGUCGUAUUACCCACGCUGUUGUGUUGUUCCUGAUUGGAGUACAAUGCCUUCUUGUGCUUGCGAUACCUAACAAAUACGCCAUGAUCAAAUCAGGACUGUUCUUGGGAGCAGCUGGGAUAACGUUCGGUUUGUGGACUACAAUAUWCAUGAUAACUUCCGAGAUCUACCCAACAGUCAUCAGAAACACUGCCCAAGGAACCGGAUCAACCAUAGGUCGUAGUGGUGCUAUAGCAGCUCCUUUCGUUGCUUUGUUGACUCGAAUCCCAGGGUUUGGGGUGACAGUUCCAGUGAUUAUUUUUGGUGUAAUAUCUCUUACUGCUGGGAUCAUAUCGUUAUUCGUCCCUGAAACCCUUUUCGCGCCCAUGCACCAGACCAUCGAGGAAGCGGAAGCUGCGACAGAGGAUUAUGGGAUACCAUGUUGUGGGAGACCUCGAAAUGUGUCACUGAAAGCUGAAGUUGGACUUCAACAAAUGCUGGUAGAAGACAACACAAAACUCUAGGCCAUGUUAUUACAAACAUAUAACUAACGCUACAGUUGAAAUAUAGUAUGUUGAAAUCAA